CAGCCAGGGUGGAAAUAUAUAGCCUUCUUGAAUCUCAGGUCUAUCUUUCUGGAUAAUUUUCUUCCUGAAGUAGAUCUAAAAAUUCUUUGGGUGCAUGUGUAUAGGCAAUACACUGUCAACUUUUGUUUGUCUGAAAUGUCUUCAUUUUACUUCCUUUAAGAUAUUUUCUUACCCGGGUACACAACUCUAGCUUAAUUAUUCUCUCAGCACUUUGAAGAUGAUUUUCAGUUUUCUGGUUUCCAUUGCUGUUGUUGAGUAGUCUUCAGUCAGUUGUUACUUUGUAGAUGGUCUGUCUUCUCUGUGCUUUUUCCAGGAGCAUUUGAGGUAGUGUUCUUAAAGUCGGCCUUUGCCUGUGGGCUCUCCUAGACUGACUCAAGAGGUUGAAGUGUUGCCAGAAGACUAGGUGCUGGAGAGAUCUUACCAGCAGGGUUAAGUAAUUGAUCAUUUUCUCAUUUGCUUUUCUCAGAGCCACUCAGAACUAUUAAUAGCUAGAUUGAGAUGGACUGGGUAGUCUAACAACAGCCUUUCUGACCUUUCCUCUGUGCCUAACAAAGCCCAGCUCUGGAACCCAGAUGAUGGGAGAGAGUCUGUCUUCAGGGAAUGAAGCUCUGAAUGCAAGAAGCAGAGUUAAACCGACUGCUGCCUCCAGACUUGAAUGCAUCCUGUCUUGUUUUUGCUGCCCGGCAUGCUAGUGCUUCCUCCUCGAAUUUGAAAGAUGUAUUGGCUGACCUGAUACCUAAGGAGCAGGCCAGAGUUAAGACCUUCAGGCAGCAACAUGGCAAGACGGUGGUGGGCCAAAUCACUGUGGACAUGAUGUAUGGUGGCAUGAGAGGCAUGAAGGGAUUGGUAUACGAAACAUCAGUUCUUGAUCCUGAUGAGGGCAUCCGUUUCCGAGGCUACAGUAUCCCUGAAUGCCAGAAACUGCUGCCCAAGGCUAAGGGUGGGGAAGAACCCCUGCCAGAGGGCUUAUUUUGGCUGCUGGUAACUGGGCAAAUCCCAACAGAGGAACAGGUUUCUUGGCUCUCAAAAGAGUGGGCAAAGAGGGCAGCUCUGCCUUCCCAUGUGGUCACCAUGCUGGACAACUUUCCCACCAAUCUACACCCCAUGUCUCAGCUCAGUGCAGCCAUUACAGCCCUCAAUAGUGAAAGCAACUUUGCCCGAGCAUAUGCAGAGGGUGUCAACCGAACCAAGUACUGGGAGUUGAUUUACGAAGACUGUAUGGAUCUGAUCGCAAAGCUACCUUGUGUUGCCGCAAAGAUCUACCGAAAUCUGUACCGGGAGGGCAGCAGUAUUGGGGCCAUUGACUCUAAGCUGGACUGGUCCCACAAUUUCACCAACAUGUUAGGCUAUACCGAUGUUCAGUUUACUGAGCUCAUGCGCUUGUACCUCACCAUCCACAGUGACCAUGAAGGUGGCAAUGUAAGUGCCCAUACCAGCCACUUGGUGGGCAGUGCCCUUUCAGACCCGUACCUGUCCUUUGCAGCAGCCAUGAAUGGGCUGGCAGGGCCCCUACAUGGACUGGCAAAUCAGGAAGUACUUGUCUGGCUGACACACCUACAGAAGGAAGUUGGCAAAGAUGUGUCAGAUGAAAAAUUACGAGACUACAUCUGGAACACACUCAACUCAGGGCGGGUUGUCCCAGGCUAUGGCCAUGCAGUACUGAGAAAGACUGAUCCACGAUACACGUGUCAGCGAGAGUUUGCUCUGAAACACCUGCCUAACGACCCCAUGUUUAAGCUUGUUGCUCAGCUGUACAAGAUUGUGCCCAAUGUCCUCUUAGAACAGGGCAAGGCCAAGAAUCCUUGGCCCAAUGUAGAUGCUCACAGUGGGGUGCUGCUCCAGUACUAUGGCAUGACGGAGAUGAACUACUACACGGUCCUGUUUGGGGUGUCACGAGCAUUGGGUGUACUGGCACAGCUCAUCUGGAGCCGAGCCCUAGGCUUCCCUCUAGAGAGGCCCAAGUCCAUGAGCACAGAUGGUCUGAUGAAGUUUGUGGACUCUAAGUCAGGGUAAAACUGGAGACUUGGGAGAAAACUAACUACCAGAAGUGAGGGAGCUUUAAAAAAAAGUGUACUUUUGUUUUGUUUCAGGGGGCUUUUAAAGACUUAAGAUUAAGUUGUAUCUGAGGCACUGAUAAUAAGUUUGAGGUUAAAAUAUAAAUUAAGACUUUAAAAGAUGAAAAAUGACACCUUUUUCCCUAACCAGCUCCUUUCCCCUGCCUGGUAUGAGUUGCCCAUCAACUGUAA